UAGAAGAAAGAAAAAUAAAAUAAUAAAAUAAUUAAGAAGAAAUGAGUUUUCAUUAAUUGCAAAACAAGAAAGGGGAAACUUAGGUGAUACAUAUGAUGUUAGAACACAUGAUAUAGAUUGAGAAAGAAAGAACAUAAGAAAAAGACUUGAAGAAAGAAGGUUUUUUGUGCAUGAAAAAGUGAGAAAUGUGGCUUCCAAAUGCAAAGGGGAGUAGUAGUCCUGGCAAACGGGGUGGACGCAAUGGCCUUGUUGCUGUAGCCAUAGACAAGGAUAAAGGAAGCCAAUAUGCAAUCAAAUGGGCCAUCGAAAACCUCCUCACUCGAGGCCAGACCGUUAUUCUCAUUCACGUUGUCUUGAGGUCGUCCAUGGCUGCAUUAUGUGAAAAUUAUGCUGGUAAUGGUGUUAGUGGAGAUCCUUGUACAACCAAGCAAAUACUUGAAAAGCAUACCAAAGACUUGUUCCUCACCUUUCAUUGCUUCUGCACUCGAAAAGAUAUACAUUGCUUUGAUGUGGUAUUGGAGGACACGGAUAUUGCAAAAGCAAUAACGGAGUACGUUGCCCAUGCUGCAAUUGAGAACUUGGUUCUAGGAGCUUCACGUCAUGGCUUUAUCAGAAGAUUGAAGAUGGUAGAUGUUCCUAAUAGUGUAUCAAAGGGAUCACCGGACUUCUGCACUGUUUACGUUAUCUCAAAAACAAAGAUCUCAUCCGUGCGGAAUGCUUCUCGUCUUGCACCAUUCACUUCUCCUCUUCUGACUCAGAUACAACAAAUGCAAGAGCAAACCAACAACACUACUUCAUCCCCUGAUGCUCGGCCCAAGAACUUGCCAAGUAUUAGAGCUACAGACAGGACUCCGCGCAAAGGUGUUGAUGACUCUGAUUCACUCAAGUCGCCAUUUUCUCGGGCACAGAGGUUCCACGCAAACAUGUUUGCAGAUCUCUCAGAAUCUGAUAGUGAUAUAUCAUUCGUAAGCUCAGGGAGGCCAAGCGUAGAUAGGGCAAUCACAGAUCCCAUGUCCGGUAUGCUCUAUGAUGGCAUAGAUCCAGGUCGAACAUCGAGACUAUCAACAAGCUCAGAAAGUAGUUUUGGAUCGAUGCGCUCAACGGCCAGAUUCAGCGAAUUGGGUUCUUACACUGAUUUUUCAUCGUCGUCGACUGAAAACGAUGAUGUGGAAGCUGAAAUGAGAAGGCUAAAGCUUGAGCUUCAGAAAACUAUGGAAAUGUAUAGCACAGCCUGUAAGGAAGCUUUAACAGCAAAGCAAAAGGCUGUGGAGCUUCAUCGAUGGAGAGUGGAUGAGGAGCAAAGACUAGAAGAGUGUCGACUGGCAGAGGAAGCAGCACGACGGACUGCUGAGAAAGAAAAAGCUAAGUAUAAAGCAGCCAUGGAGAAUGCUCAAGCAGCUCAGAGAGUUGCGGAACUGGAAUCCAGAAAACGAGUUGAUGCUGAAAAGAAAGCAAUUCAGGAGGUAGAUGAUAAGGACGAGGCAGUGGGUGUAAUGCCAUUUAGAUAUAGACGAUACACCAUUGAUGAAAUUGAAGAGGCAACAGAGUUUUUUGCUGUGUCUCGCAAAAUUGGAGAAGGUGGCUAUGGCCCUGUCUUUAAGUGUUACCUUGAUCAUACACGCGUCGCGAUCAAGGUCUUGCGUCCAGAUGCUGCUCAAGGAAGAGCACAGUUUCAACAAGAAGUUGAAGUGUUGUGUUGCAUGAGACACCCCAAUAUAGUGCUACUCCUUGGAGCAUGUCCAGAAUACGGUUGUCUAGUCUAUGAGUACAUGGCUAACGGUAGCUUGGAAGACCGUCUCGUCAGACAAGGAAACACACGGUCCCUCUCAUGGCAACUCCGCUUCAGGAUUGCUGCAGAGAUUGCCACAGGGCUGCAUUUUCUUCACCAGACGAAGCCAGAGCCAUUGGUCCAUCGUGACCUCAAACCAGGAAACAUUCUGCUGGACCAUAACUACGUCAGCAAAAUCAGUGACGUCGGUUUGGCGAGGCUCGUCCCUCCUUCCCUAGCCGAAGACGUGACACAAUACCGAAUGACAUCAACGGCGGGAACUUUCUGCUACAUUGAUCCUGAAUACCAACAGUCGGGAAUGUUAGGAGUGAAAUCAGAUGUUUAUUCAUUAGGGAUCGUGCUUCUACAGAUAAUCACAGCUAAACCAGCAAUGGGCUUGACUCACUACAUUGAACAGGCAAUUGAGGACGGGACGUUGGCGGAGAUGUUGGAUCCAACUGUCCCUGAUUGGCCUCUAGACGAGGCCAUGACCUUUGCAAAACUGGCACUCCAAUGUGCAGAACUAAGACGAAGAGAUAGGCCAGACCUUGGCAAGAUCGUUGUGCCUGAGCUUAAUAAAUUGAGAGACUUUGGUGAAAAUAACAUGAAUGGUUUUCUAGUUGGUGGUUAUGCAGCUGCUUCCCCCAACCACAACUUUGUUUCCCCACUAAAGGGAGCAAGGAGCGACCCUCAUGUAGCAUCUGUCUAUAGCACACUAAACGGGUGCGGAAGUUCAGCAUCACUGCCAGAAACGGUAUCAGAAACUUGACAACAAGAGGGCAAAGAGGAUUCUUACCAACAACCGAUGAACAAAUAACGAUGAUUUAACUAUAGUAGAAGCUGCAGGCUUGGGGUCCAUUGAUCAGAAUCUUAUAAUGUACUAUAGUUUUAGGUAGUUCAGGAGUACAAAGAUUUUAAUGUUUUGUACUCCUUACAGCAGACGCAUACGGCCUCUGAUUUUUAGGCAAAUCCAAAACGAUGUAAAACUAGUGACAUAAUCUAGGCAGAGUUGUUUAGUCUAUCUCUGAAGUUUGUAAAGUUUACUUGCAAAUUUAUGUAAAUUAAACUAUAUGUCAACUUGAUCAA